GGCCGUCGUUGUCAGGAACAAUCGGCAAAAGGAAUUCCCCACACUCGCGCAGGGCGCGUCCACAGUUGAGACCAGCCACAGCAGCAGCACCACACCACCUGCCGCCUCAUGAGCGAUCUUACCUUCAAAGAGAAGAUUGGGAAGAGCUUCUCCUUCCUCUCGGUCCUAGGCAAGAAGAACAAGGCACAGCAGCACCCGUCCGCCGAGACGUAUGCCAACCCCGUGAAGGUCGAGCCCACGCGGCACAUCGAGUCGCAUCCUUUUCCACAGUACCACCACGAUCCGUACGCCUCGCAAGGGUAUCCACAACAGCAUCACCAGCAAAUGCCGCCGCCAUUGCCACCAAUGCACCCGUACAUGUCGACGGCCCAUGAACGCACAAACGUCGACGACCUUUUGUGUACGCCAACGCCGGAAAACAGGUUUCCCACCCCAAUCACGACGUUCCCGACACCGACCCCAGACCCUCGCUUUCCGACACCGACGCCAGACAUUAAAUACCCGUCGCCGUUUGAUUUUGCCCGAGAUCGGCCGACUCCCGUCGAAAAGAUGGAGGAUCUGCAGCAGCUCCAGGAGGCGCUUCUCCCUUCCCCGUUCGACUACCUCCGCAACCAACAACAGCUUCACUACCCGUACCUGCAAAACUCAAACCACACAUCGUUUCACCAUCCGCCUCAGCACCUUCCCUUCCACGAUACAUCCGCGCAGCCCGCGUACCGGUCUCUGAAGGACAAGCAAGUCGCCGACGAAAUCAACACUCUGUGUCGCGAUUUAGUUACCCACGGACUCCAGACCAAGGAAAUGGCGACGGCCUCACGGCGGAGCGCAGGGCCUUCCGUCGACAGUACCGUCAUCAAGCCUGAACCCGCGCAUCAGCUGCACGACUACGGGAACAUUGUCGAGUCGGGGUACACGUCCGGCGGUGGACGCAGCUACGAUUCGGACUCGAGCAGCUGCGACAUCAAGCGGGAGACGACCGGAAGCCAGAACAAGCAAUACCGGCGCAAGAAUUGCUCCAUCGAAGGCUGCAGUAACCUGUCCCGGUCCAAGGGACUGUGCAAAGCCCAUGGCGGUGGCAGGCGGUGCUCUGUACAAGGAUGCACACGGGCGAGUCAGAGCAGCAGCCUGUGCAUUGCCCACGGCGGAGGCAAGCGAUGCACUGUGGAAGGUUGCACAAAGGCUGCUCAAUCCCGGGGCAUGUGCAAAGCGCACGGGGGUGGCGUGCGGUGUCGGGUGGAGGGCUGCACGAAGAGCAGCCAAGGCGACGGGUACUGUCGAUCGCAUGGCGGCGGGAGGCGGUGUGGCCAUGCCAGCGGGUGCAUGAAGUGGGCCCAGCGCAACGGGAUGUGUAUGACUCACAGUGAAGGCAAGUACGGCAACAGCUACCGUGGCCGACUCCAAAGACAGACGGGCGACGCCAUGAGUGACACCGACAUGAUGGAUGAUUGAGAGAUUUUUUGGAUAAAGUAAUAUGGACUGCGAUCGUUGUAGAGGCUGCGAAGGGCAGCGUCGCAUGGACCAUUAGGUAGUGUCGCCAUGGACCGCUGUUGUCGCGCCACGGGGAUCGUGUGGCCAAGGGGCGAACUGC